GCGCGAUAAUCUUCUGAUAAAUUUGUAAUGACUAAAUAUUUUUUAGCCGGUCGUGUACGAGUCGCGGUGGGUCUUUUCUCUGGCUCUUCACAAUGGGACAAUUGGACAAUAUUCUUUUAAUUUUGCGGCCAUGAACUUUCGAUACUUUUUAAUUCGGUAUAAAAUGCCGGCAUCGUUGCAGCGUUCCUUUCUGACCGGAAUAAAUUUGUAAUGACUAAAUAUUUUUUAGCCAGUCGUGUGCGAGUCGCGGUGGAUCUUUUCUCUGGCUUCACAAUGCAACAUGGACAAUAUUCUUUUAAUUUUACGGCCAUAAACUUUCGAUGCCUUUUAAUUCGGUAUACAAUGCCGGUAUCGCCGCGGUGUUAUUUUCUGGCCGGGUAAAUUCGCGUGCAUCUCGCCGAGCGGAUUCAGGCGGAAUCGGUAUCGUGACCGAUAGCGCAUAACGCCCGGACUCAUCGAGGCGGGCCGAGAAAAUGUUCAUAUGGUGGGGGCCCCGCACACCGGGCGAAAUUACUCGCUCUUGGGAGUCGUAAUAAAUGCGUUCAUGAAGCGCUGCUCGGUGAACGUUGUCAGUCGAUCGAGAGUCGCGUCGCGCGACGCUGACACGUCGCGGAUGCGUCGCCGCCGAUUUUCCCGAUGGCCGCUCCAAUUUGCGGACGCGCGAACUUUUGGUGCGACGGUUAAUUAUCCCGCCCUAGUUUUUGCUCUAUUAACCACUUCGCCGCGUUACACGCUUCGUAAACGACCGUGCCCGAGUCUGCGAGUUACACGUGCGACGAAAAAUGAACUCUAGCCUUCGCGAGAUUAGGAGACUGGAGUUAGAAGCACGUUGCGCUAAGAGGAGUUUAAGCGAAAAAUCUGAUAAGAUUCGCAUAUAACGGAAAAUGAACAUUUUCUUUUCUAAAUAUUACACCUUGAAGUAUAAUAAGUUUUAUUGGCAUUAGUUACAAUACUUACAGUUCCAAAUAUUAAAAUUUAUUUUAAUUGUAAGAAGACGAAAAUAAAAUUGAAAGGGAACAGACAUUCUAAAUGAAUAUUUUAGAGGCUGGAUAGCCGAGCUUUUAACAAUCGUUUAUACUCGCAUUUACAUUAUUCGUAUUAUUUGUAAGCCCAUAAAUUAGACAUACCGAGAAUUUUUCAUGCAAAUACGUUUAUUCUGGGAUCUGAAGAGCUAGGGCGAAUAUGCUCCCGAAGGAUAAUCCGCGAUCGCGUCGUGCGCUCGAAGACGGUGAAGAAAAAGGCGACAUCUUCGAAGCCUAAAAGCCUCUUUCCGCUUUUUAAAGGUCGGAACAAAGUGCCACGAAGAAUUUCGUGAAUUCUAGCCGCGGCGUCGUGGUGGCGGGCAUUGUUCGGGAUUAAACCUGCACGUUCCUGAAGAGGUUCCCGACGAAUCGAUCGCGCGAGUCGUCCCCAGUCCUCCGUUGCCUUCGAUUCAGCGAUACUUUCAGUGAUACCCUUCGCGCAAGGUACAAUGAUAGCGAGAAUAUAUCCAAGUUCGAGCGAAUUGUCAUCGAUGACAAAGUAGUGCGAACGUCGUGCCAAUCUUUUCAUUGACUUCAACGGCGCAAAUGGAGCGAGAGCUGGUUACCCUGGGACAUUACCAGAUGACUGUAACAGUAUAAUAAUCUGCGAGAAUUCGUGAGAAAAGCGCGAGAAUUGUAUCGGAGUUAAUGUAUCGUGGGAAAAGCAUAAGAAUUUAUGUGGGAGUUCAUCAAUUUCAUAAACUCAUCGAAAUUUAUGGAAUUAUUAUUGACGAUGAGAUAACAGACAUUACAACUUCUUAACACAAAUUUAUGGUAAAUUUAUUAUAGAUAAAUUAUAAGAUGCACACGUUAAGAAUAAUUUGCUUAUAAAAAACUGUUACGAAGGACAAAAUAUGUGAACAUGUUUGGCAGUCAUUGAACGUGAAGAAAAUUGCUGCGGAAAAUAAGAUACUUUGUAUCUCUUUUUUUAAUCGCAUUUUUGUCAUUGAUUAAAUUCAAUAUGGAUUGGUUAACUCUUUGCGUCUGUGGCACAAAGCGCAAUUCCAACGAUAGGAAGACCAAGAAGGAUGGAAAGCGCAAAAAGAGCAAGAGAUCUAAAAAGAAUUCGAAGCAGAAAGGCUCCGGCAAUUCGCCGCCGUUCAUCGUCGAAGAGUUCUUGCGCAAGUCGCAAGACGAACAGGCGAAAGAAAUCGCGGAAAAGGAAUGGGCGAGUGGAGAAAUUGUUAAUUACUUGAAUGAUUGCGCGGAAAAUCGGAUCGGCUCGACUGAUCAAACUGAUCCGUCGAAAGUCAACGGUUCACCGUCUUGUCAAAUCGACGGCGAUUGUGAGGGCUUUGAGAAGUUUCUCAACAGCUCGGAAAGAAACGCGGACGGAUCUGCUCGAGUACCAUGUGACAUCGAUUGUGACGACAAUGCGACGCUGCAUUUGAGAUGUGAAUCGAGAACAACGGACGAAAACGAGAAGCAAGUCAAGUGUAUCUCGGAUGAGAGAGAACACGACGAAGAGGUGGAUCUAGACGAAUCCGUCCCGAGAUCCGAGGAACCCGAGGAUUCGUCUUGGACGUCGGAAAUCGGGGACGAACAGGAUACGGUUCUGGAAUCGAGCUUUGAUAAAAAGCGCGGUGAAAGAACCUCGUCCAGAAUUAAUUUUUCCAAGGAGAAGCAAGGAAAGUCGAAGGCGACAGCCUCCCCGAGAAAAAAAGGGACCAGGACCAUUCUUCCACCGAUCAAAGGAACAUCUCGCUCCGAGUCUCGCGUGGACAGUGAGGAGCCGCGUGUACACGGGGAGACGAAGAAAUUUGGUGUUAAAAGAUCCGCGGCGGCUCACGAGCGUAUCGAGGUUCGACGGAAAUUGAACUCGUGUAGCUUCGAGGUUCGACCGUUCGAGGAUGAAGAACGAAGCGGAAAGACGACGAGGGCGAGGGGCGAGGGGUCCAUGAUACCUAGACUUGCAUCCUCACGACAGGGGGUGAAUUCGAUCAAGGGUGACAGCGAUAAAUCAGAGAUCGUGCAAAACGGUCGUGUUCACUCGGCAGUCGUCUCCGGUAUCAAUUUAGAACAGCGCACCGUAACUGUAGAAUGGUUCGAGAGAGGAGAAACCAAAGGCAAGGAGGUGGAAAUCGACGCGAUUCUCGCCUUGAAUCGCGACUUGAACCAAAGGAUGGGACCACGAAACGAGGUAUGUGCGCUGCCGCAGGUGAUGAACAACCACAUGUUGGCGUCCUCGAGAGCAAGGGAGCCGGACUCCUCGGCUGAGGAGGACGAGGGGGUCGACGAGUCGGAGAACCAAGAGGAGGGCUCCCUCGGACGCCAUGGUGGUCACACCACGAGAAACGGCCUCGCAUCCGCAACGCUUCCUGUACGAGUCACAUCUCGUCUCUCGCACAGCACCAGGCCGUCUAUUCCAGUAAAAGUGAGUUCGAAUAGGCAACUGCCACGGCCGUCGGGUCGCCCGACGAACAUAAUGCCGUCGACCACAUCGGUGAACGGCCACGGCGAGUCGGUUUCCGGCCUCACGGGACGCCGGGAGCUCGAGAAUAUACCGCCGACGCCGACGUCGACCGUCGCGCAAAGCAACCUCAUGACCCCAGUGCAGAACAGACUGCAGAAACAAGCGCAGCAGCAGCAGCAGCAACAACAGCAGCAGCAGCAGCAGCAAUUGCAGCAACAACAGCAGCAGCAGCAGCAAGCCCAGAUAGAAAACGGCCGGAGUAGGCGGUCCAAUGUCGUCAAGGAGGUCGAGAGACUGAAAAAGAACAGGGAAGAACGAAGGCAACGACAGGCGGAAUUGAAAGAGGAGAAGGAAGCGCUUAUGAAUUUAGAUCCAGGCAAUCCGAAUUGGGAGUUCCUUGCCAUGAUAAGGGAAUACCAAAACAGCAUAGAGUUCAGGCCGUUGCGAGAGACCGAUGCCGUGGAGGAUCAUCAGAUCACUGUGUGCGUAAGGAAACGUCCGCUCAACAAGAAGGAGCACGUGCGUAAGGAGAUCGACGUGAUCAGCGUGCCCAGCAAAGAUCAGAUGGUGGUGCACGAGCCGAAGUCCAAAGUUGACCUCACCAAGUAUCUGGAGAACCAGAUCUUCAGAUUCGAUUAUGCGUUCGACGAGACGUGUAACAACGAGAUUGUCUACAAGUAUACGGCCAAGCCAUUGGUGCAGACAAUCUUCGAGGGUGGCAUGGCCACGUGCUUCGCGUACGGUCAGACCGGCAGCGGCAAAACCCAUACAAUGGGCGGCGACUUCAACGGCAAGACGCAGGACUGCAAGAAGGGCAUCUACGCCAUGGUUGCCAAAGACGUAUUCAAAUGCCUCAAAAUGGCCAAGUAUCGGCCCCUGAAUCUGGUCAUUUCCGCUAGCUUCUUCGAGAUCUAUUCCGGCAAAGUCUUCGAUCUUUUGGCAGAUAAGGAGAAACUGAGAGUUCUGGAGGACGGUAAACAGCAGGUGCAGAUAGUCGGAUUAACGGAAAAAGUCGUGGAGACGUGCGACGAAGUGUUAAAGUUGAUACAGCACGGGAACAGCGCCAGAACGAGCGGUCAAACGAGCGCUAAUUCUAACUCUUCGAGAUCGCACGCAGUAUUUCAAAUAAUAGCGCGUAUCCCAGGCACACACAGGGUGCACGGAAAGUUUUCGCUCAUCGAUCUUGCUGGUAAUGAAAGGGGGGCUGACACGUCGUCUGCUAAUAGGCAAACUCGUAUGGAAGGUGCUGAGAUCAAUAAGUCUCUAUUAGCAUUAAAAGAAUGUAUACGUGCGUUAAGCCGCAAGGGUACGCAUUUGCCUUUUAGAGCAAGCAAGUUGACUCAAGUAUUAAGGGACAGUUUUAUCGGUGAAAAAUCAAAAACCUGCAUGAUAGCGAUGAUUAGUCCUGGAAUGAGUUCCUGCGAGCACUCUCUAAAUACAUUGAGAUACGCGGAUCGAGUGAAGGAAUUGGCGGCGACUGAUCCUACGGAAAUAAAAGCUUCACCGACAGAUGACGAUAGGGGAAUGAAGAUCGAGGAACAGGGAAACAAUAGCGUGUUAUCUGAUAGCGAUUUAGCGCAGCUUCGGUCUCUCAACGAAGGUGAACUCUCGCAAGAUUUGUACACUUUCCACGAGGCAGUAUCAGCUCUGCAGUUGAUCGAAGAAGAAGUGUUGGAUACGCACAAACUGGUUAUGGAUACUUCAACUAAAUUUCUUAAUAACGCGCACAGUGUAUUCAGCGCGACUCAUGAGGUGGAUUACGACCAAGAAGAUUUGAGGCGGAAAAGAACAAAGUUUGAGUCACCCUACCUGAGGAGUUUCUCGUUGCGUAGACGUCUUAUAGAGAGAAAACUAUUUUCCGACGCAUAUGCCCAAAAGUGGGAGCAGCUGUUAAUACAGCAGCGUGACAUUCUGAACGCCGCGCUCGACCAAGUCAGCCAGUUCCGCGGGCAGCUGUUGCAGGAGGAACAAAUCAGUCAGAAGAUGACUCGAACGCGCAACAUCACGACGCGGUACAAUUAAGGACGCUAGCGUGCCCCCCCUUCUAGCGAACGCGAAAAGAAAAAGACACAAAAAGUAAUUAUCUCUCGCCGGUGAAGAAAAAAAAAGCCCGCUUCUUAUGUGUGUAUCGAUUCUCUUAAUUAAAAGCGCACGUGCGCGCGCGCGAAAGGCAGAUAUACCAUGACACUAAUGCGACAGUCAUAGAGAACGCAAAAAUGUAACAAAACUUCUUGUCUCGCCUUCGAAAUUGUUACGAAAUAUACGUCGUCGAGCGGCGGCAAAGAGCACGACUCGCAAGUCUCACCUUAGCAAUCUUGUAUCAUAUAACGAUUCUUCUCGAGUGGUUCUCCGUAGCAAAAUGACAGAGUCAAGAGGAAAUAUGUACGGGAGCCGAAGUGCGGCAGGCAUAAUAACAAUCGCUUGAGGAUUCACCAGCGAAAAAAAUUAACCAUUUGUUUUUACCGCGUCGAAUUACGCUCGUCUCGGUGGAGAAGUUUUUAGCCAGGAUUUUUUUUAGUGCCUCUUUUAGCUUGGAACUGUAGGAAAUUUUAAGCGAGUGCGGAAUCAGUCGUGAAGAUGAUAAAUGAACAAGCUUGAUUUUGGCUCGGGGAUCAAGUUAUACGUAAUUGCAAUUAUUUCUCUCGAAACGAGCUUUUACGUGUUUUACCUUAUACUUUCGGGCCGCGCACCGAGAGACCAGCAAAAUUUUUAAGCCGUCAACGACACGUCGAUACUCAAUUUGCCCGUUUUCGCAGAGCACCAUCGCGAACGAUAAUGCGUAAACUACACAACGUCAGAUAAACACUUUUUUUAGGCUGUAGCAUGCUAGGCGUAUUUAUUACGAGGGACCCCUCCAGUGUAUUAUUGAAUAAAGGAGAAAGUUUUAGUGAGCCGAUUUGUCAGGAACAAGUAGAUACGUCAUGGCGAUACUUUGUACACGUUCAUUUAAUGAUACACAAGUGCAUACGUACACACGCGUUAGCGAUCGACUGUCUCGCAAACCAAAUAACGACUGAUUUCGGAAGGAUGAGAAAGAAAAGAUGUAACACUCUUAGUUCGUAAGAAGGAAACUGCCUAACGGCGCCGAUCCGGGUAUUUAAGUUUCUUAGUAUUAAUGUCGUCGACGGCAUCUCUCAAACGGUUCUCUUUUUUUUCUUAUGUUAUUUUAAAAGUAUGAGAUUAAAAUCUUCAUUUGGUUUAUCAACGCAUACUUCAGUGUUUUCUUCCUAACUCUACUGAACCGCUACUUGCGGGGAGCGGUCUCAGCGUGCGCGCAAAGCUUCACAGGCUUCACUACGGAUACGUCCAGCGGAAUACCGUCGAUUUUUGUCACGAUUAUAGCUAUUGCGGUGAAGAUAACGUUCCCCUUGUGGAUAUAUUUACUUCGGGCAAAGAAAAUCGAAUCCUAUGAAGCAAUAAAUUCUUAUCUCGUCCCGUUUCCGAUCUCUACAUUCUCCAAAAUACAUCGCGGCAGUCGAUACUAAUAUAAUAAUACCUGGAACAGAAAACAAUAGAACUCCUUGAGUAAAUCGUAGGAGGCAGAGCUAGGAUUCACAAUCCAGUGUUCAGUAUUCGUGUAUAAAGUAAGAAACGCAGUAAUUUUUUAAAAUGACCUAUGAUGUUUUUUAAAUACUUUACUGUCGGUAGAGAUAAUCUCGAUGUGUUCUAACUUGGUCUAAAAUAUUUACCGUGUCUCGUUACUCAUGCGGGCCGACUUGUCACGAUUUGUUGAAUUGAUCGUUGCAAGGAAAUAUAUCGCACUGCAGUCGCACUAGACAAUAGUGAGUUAAGAAGAUUAAUAUAACGCGUAUAUCGCACGCCACACGACUUUAUCUCUCUUGAAGAUUUUAUUCCCCGAAUACCCGUUCCUGUGUAAGCAUAAAAUCCUCGUGGACUCGCGAGUUGACGAUCAUUAACCACGUGUACGCUCGAUUUUGUAAGCGGGUAGAGAGAAAUUUUAAUUAUAUCUCGUCGAGGGAAGUUACUCUUCGGUCUUGUGGCUUAGAGAUAAAUUAACAAAAUAAUAAUAAUAAUGCGCGGAUAGAUGAGAGUAACACUGACAUCUCUGUGUUGACACAAGAUUCACGAUUUUUUAUAUAAAUAUAUAAAAUACUCAUAGCGCGAAGAGUUUCAGAUUACUGUUGUAUCAAAGGAGUAAAUAAGAUAGUUACGCAUGCCGCCGAGGGUAUGCUCUAAUUUAAUUCAGCGUAUUGAUCGGAAGCUGUGACCGCAUCAUAUUAGAGAGUCAUGCUUCACUUGUCGAAGGAAUUCGUUUCUCGCUACAUAUCCGACGUUUUUCGAUGGUUGCUAAAUAUAUGUCGCCUUGAUUGACAAACGUCUACGAGGCAGUUCGCGACUGCUAUAGCUCAGGCAUACGUGUAUCUCCCCAUCGUUGAAAUUUAUAAUUUAGCUUUCCUUUAAGACCACGAGAAGGUAUCACGCGUUUCACACCUCGAAUAUAUAGUAUUUUUUAACAAGUAGAAACGCGGUGUAGGGAGAGAUGAGGCUUAGUGAUCGAAAGAUGUUGAUAUACUUCUUAUUUUUUUAUAAUCGUAUAAUUUAUGCGGAAGGGAGACGAGUAAAUCAAACAUACGACACGUACUCCCCGUUCCACCCCUACUAUAUGUCGUAAUCAAUAGUCGACCUCUGAACUAUUCCGAUUCGAUGUGCACAGAACAUUUUUGGAUACGUACGAGAGGUUUCACGUUGUUGCUUUAUGAAUGAAAUAAAUCAGAUUGGAAAACGAA